AUGACAAACGAUGAAGAGCAUCUUGUGGCUAUGGAUAUUCCGAUAAAUGAAGGAGAUACACAAUAUCCUUUACCAAUGCAAGGCAGCCACGUAGAUGAUGACGGCACAGUUUUUUAUAAGUAUAAGACUUUCAAGGACAAACACAAAUUAAUUAGUUUGUUGAAGCUUGCUUCCGUGAAGAAAGAUCAAAGAUUCAAACCAGUGAAGAAUAGUGAAGAUGUAUAUUGUGUUAGAUGUGUAGAUCUGGGUUGUGAUUGGUGGUUACGAGCUAUAAAGCUCAAAAGUUGUGCUAGAUUUGAAAUUGUCGUUUACCGCAACAUUCACUCAUGUGGGGCGCAACAUCUUACAAGCCAUCAUCCACAUGCUUCAGCGGACGUCAUUGGACAAUACAUACACUAUUUGUUCUUGAACGGAAAAGGUCCAUCCACAAAAAAAAUAAGAAAUGCAACUCAAGCUGAACUAGGUUGUAAGAUUAGUUACUGGAAGUCAUGGAAGGCCAGUGAGAUUGCUAAAGCUAUGAUAAGAGGGACACCUGCCCACGAGUAUGCAGUUCUAGAUGCUUACAGUUAUAUGCUUCGGACUGUAAAUGAAGGAAGUAAGACAUCGCUGAAAGUUGAUAACAAAGGGAGGUUCAAAUAUUUCUUUGUAUCUUAUGGAUCUUGGAUUAGGGGAUUUGUGCAUAUGAGAAAAGUGUUAGCCAUUGAUGGGACAUUCUUAAGGGGGCCUUACGAGGGAGUUUUGCUAUCUGCUGUGGCACAAGAUACAGAAAAUCAUAUUUUUCCUGUUGCAUUUUGUGUAGUAGAUAAGGAGUGUGAUGCUUCAUAUGAAUACUUUUUUGAGAAAUUGCUAGACAUAGUCCCUAAUACUACGGAGUUUUGCAUAAUUUCGAUAGGCAUCCAAGCAUAG